GCGAGAAAGUGCGAGAAAAAUGAGCGGACCGGGGAAGAAAGUCGUCGAUGUCGCGUUCAAAGCAUCAAAGAACAUUGAUUGGGAAGGGAUGGCUAAGCUUUUGGUCUCCGAUGAGGCUCGCAAAGAGUUCGCUACUCUUCGUCGCACUUUUGAUGAAGUUAACUCUACUUUACAAACCAAAUUCAGCCAGGAACCUGAAUCCAUUGACUGGGAGUACUAUAGAAAAGGAAUUGGCUCUCGCCUGGUAGAUAUGUACAAAGAGGCAUAUGAGAGUGUAGAGAUCCCCAAGUUUGUUGACACCGUCACUCCUCAAUACAAACCAAAAUUUGAUGCAUUGCUUGUAGAAUUGAAAGAGGCAGAGGAGAAAUCCUUGAAAGAGUCUCGGCGAUUGGAGAAAGAAAUUGCCGAGGUUCAAGAACUUAAGAUCGGCACCAUGACCGCAGACGCAGUACUUUGA